AUGAUAAGCCAACCACCCACGGGCACGCAAGUUCCUGGCCCUCACCCUCGCCCUCUGAACCGCCCUGCUCUUCCUUCCAAACUCAGCAACGUCGACCUGAAUCGCCAACAUGACACUGCCGAUGUCGACGACACGAAUCACUCGGCAUACACGGCUAACGGCAUGCUCCAAUACGCCGCACAGUCCGUCAACACUCCCGACGAACCCACUCAACACAUACCUCCACGUCUUCUCUCCCAGCGUACAACACAACUACCGCUACCUCGUCGUCCCCAGUCUCUGACCGCACAAGGUCAAGCUCGCCAACCCGUCCCAAAGCCCUCACCUCCACCCGUCCUGGAUCCAUCAACGCGAGCCAACGGCCUACAACCACCUGCAGUCGCAACUGCCCUUCCUCGAGACAAGGCUGCCGACUUCUUCCCAUGGACCAACAUUGAAGGCAAGCACCCGGAAGAUGUGCUGAACGAGCACCUCAUCAAGUCCGGAUACAGCGACAAGCCCGCUGGUGCUUCGCAAACCGAGUCCAACAUCGCUCGUCCUCAUCUCUGGCCUAGCUUGAAGAACAAGAAUGGACUGGGUGUACUUUCCGCUCUCUUUGUCCAGGUGCUGGACAAGAGGUCUCAAAUGCGUCUGUGUACUGCCCCUUCCACCUUCAAGCCGCCACCAAGAGUCACCCUGACCGACACGAAAAGAGAAGCUUGGCUCAAAGAUCUUGCUAACCCAGAAGUCCCGUUACGAAAGCUUAGUAGAACGAUACCACAUGGUAUCCGUGGCAAGGUUCUGCUCGACCAUUGUAUUUCCAAGGACAUUCCCAUUGCCAGAGCUGUCUGGCUUUCCAAGUGCGUCGGAGCUAAUGAGAUUCGUGCUUUCAAAAGAAAAGGUGUCUCUGGUCCCGCUGCUCUUGCUGGUGAACUUAAGUGGAUCAAAGAAUGGACGGUGUUUGUCGAACAGUUCAUCGAUGGCAUCAUUUCCAGCUGCGGACAGCGAGGAUGGUCUCAAAAGAUGAACUAUGCUGUUCGUUUGGGCACCCACUUCUAUGUUGAGCAUCUCCUUGACGAAGAACACUACAUGGACUGGAUCCUCACUUCUCUCAAGCAAAGCUCUUCCGAAAAAUUGCCCGUGUGGAUCCUGCUUACCCAGAUCUACUGGAAGCAUUUAAUCUCUCACCGCAAACGUGGUCACCGACUCUCCGAAGCCUUACUUGGACAUGCUAAAACUCUUGCCGGUACACCCUAUGGUAUCAACCUACAACUCACAACGCGCAUCAACCAACUCAUCACUAUCCUGGCCGUCAAUCACAGAGGAUGUCUGGUAUUACCGAAGUCAUGGAACGAAUACAAGGCUACGUUCGCUGCUGUCAAGCCCACAGGUCGCCUCAAUGUGGAGGCUGACGGCUUGAUCAAUGUUGCAAGACGAAACAACCGAUUAUCUGGAGCAUCUCCACAAGUUACCUGUCGUACCCCUAGACUUCGAUUAUGUGAUAUCUUGGACUCUGUCGGCUUGGAUGUUCAGAUUGACAGAAUUGCUGCUCAAUGUGAGCAAUUAGGGAUCGAGACGCGUUCAAUGCUGGUCACGAUACUCGAAUGGGCAGCUUCAAAACAUCGAUCUGGUAUCGCUCGUGUUUACCUUGCUGCGCAGUUGAUUCGAUACUGGAGCUUUGCGGGCUUUGGUGCAGACGAUGCAGUACUGACCAUGCUCGAAAAGGCUCGAAACGACCGCAACAUGGAACCGCGCCUGAUCUACAAACUUGUCUCCGCCCUCGCCCGAUCUGGCCACUUCUCGGUUGGCAGAUACCUACAAUGGCUCAUCUCCAUGGGUGUUUUGUCUGGAGCCAAUGCUGCUGCGAGUGAGGCACAGCUUCUCCUCGAACUACCGACAGCCUACCUCUCUUCUCACAUCGUCAAUCUAAGACGUACGCUCUUAAAUCGUGUUGGAUAUCACGCUGAUGCCGAAGCGCGUGAGGUCGAAAAUUACAAAGCCGUCCUCUCUCAACACCUCGGUGGCAUGUCUUUGCCUAGCCCUGGUGUAACUUCGCAUGAACCCGUGCUUAGCAACAACCCUGUCGGAGCUGUCAGGAUGGCGGUGGCUAGAUGGUUAUGUGAGAGAGUCGUAUCGCAAAGCUUCGACUCUCCUAACGAAACUGUCUUCAUUGGCAAUCUUGCCGCUUUUUGUCUGGUGCGCCACACAUUGGAACAGUUCGAAGACUACCCGAGCUUGGCCAAGGUACUUGCCGCUGCGUCUACCUGCAACAAUCCUCAGAUCCUGGCCGCUGCAGCAGACACUAUCAACCUGAAUAUCGAGAUAUUCGCUACCAUGGGUUUCUUGCCAGCGUUGAUCUCGCAGAUCUAUCAGCAGCAACGUCGCUUGCGGUCAAGGCAACCUCUAGAUCGCACUUUCCUCCUGUCAUUGUCAAGACUUGUCCGUCGCAUACCAUCUAGCGUGGUGUACGCAAAGACUCUUGACAGCGAGCUCGCAAUGUGUGAAAUUCAAAGCUCUACCGCCGCGUGCUCACCAGCAUCUGAUAGUAUGGCAAUCUCGCACUCUGGUAGCGUUGAAUCCAACGACGACAUCGAUCGUGUGCUCACUAGCGGUAACACCAUGGACGAGCAGCUAAUGGUUCGUAUGUUCACCACCAUUGCCGAUCGGAGUGUCAAGAUGGGAUCUGAAGGCCUGUCCCGUGCCAGCACAUGGUUCGCACAAUUGAGAUCGUUCGACCAGACCACAUUUGAGCAAUUGGUGCAGAAGCUUGUCAAUCGCAUGGCUGAAACUAUCGCACCGUGUGAGACUGUAGAAGGUGUUGUUGCCUCCCUGGUCGGUUCUAGCUGCUUGAAGCUUGAGAAUUUCUACCAGGUCUGGGAGAAGAAGCUCAAUACCAUCAGGUCUACGGAACCCGCUAACGCUAGCCGUGUCGCUGUCAUUUGUGCAAAGAUCCUGAUACCCUCGGCAUCAGUGUCACACAACCAGUCGGCCGAAGCCUACAGAUACAAAGUUGCACAGAGCCUGUUUUGUCUCGAACAGAAAGCAGGUAUCCUGCGCAUCAUCGGAUCCUUACUGCAACUGAACCCUCAAUCAGUUCUACCGAAGAACGGUAAUGCACUGGGAGAGAAAAUCACAUCGUUGCUCCGUCAGUACAUCAUCAAGGACCGCAAGCUGGUCUCGCAGGAGCUCAUCUCCAAGAAUAAUCAGUUGAUCGCUCAGGGUUCUGUACAACCUCUUCUUGAAUCUCUCCUGGACCCUGUGUUACAGGAACAGCAAGUGUCGAUUAUCGAAAAGGUGAACCAAAUUGUUGGGUCAACAACAGAGCUUUCUUUGCCUUUCAGCCAAGUAGCUUUGCAGCAGCUUUCUUCACUGCUCUCUGGAGGCAACAACCUCUCGGAGACCGACAAAGCCAAUCUGAUCCGUACUUUCCAGAAUGCGAUCGAGCACACCUCUUCAGUCUGGCCACAAUUAUUGGGUGCGCUUGACAAAGAUCUUAUCCAUCACAUCCACUCUUGGGCAGGUGAAUGUAUCUUGGAAAAGCUUUCCUCCAUCAUUGCUGUUGAUGGAUCCAUGGAAGAAGAGACUGCUGUGCGGCGAUAUUUGAAAGCAGUUGAAGCGUCUGCACUUGCCGCUUCAUCACAUUCGAUGCCAUCAACCGCUUUCAUCAUGCUUGCCGAGCACUUCAAACGUCUGGGCCAGUUUGCAGAGAACAUCAACCCUCUUGACCCCGCACAAUCAGACAAGAAGGCACGCAUGGCAUUCGGCAUCAACGUGUUGCUACAGCUCACCACCAUGCACCAUCACACACUGCAAGACGCGAACGCUGUUGCACAGGAUCUGAUUCCGUUGAUGGGUGUCCUGUGUGCUCUUCUGAUUCACCCAAAGUUACAAGGCCAACAAGCAAUUCUUGAACACAUUCUUGACGUCGCUUCCAUGAUCUCGGAUGACUUAUUAAAUGAGCACAUGCACACGAUUCUGCGCAACCUUCCACCUCAGACUCGUUGCAUACCUCGUCUGCGCUACCUGUUCGGAACCCACACAUCUCCUGACGCCUGGUUAUCGCUCGCUUCCAAGGUCGUUCCAGCUGCUGCAGGUCAACAGAACCCAACAUCUACCCCCGCGCAACCCUCUUCUUCACCAGCUUCAGCUACACAGUCUCCGUCGAUGAUGCAAAGGCCAUGGCCCGUGCCCGCCAGACCUGGCAUGCCUGCUCGCCCACCCUCGGUUCCCAACACACCUGUCCUGUCACAAGCACACUUGCAACAACAGCAAGCCCAACAACAGAGACUAUCCAUGGGCAUGGGUGCGAACAGAGGUCCUGUUGAGCUCAAACAAACACCAUACAUGUUGAGGCGUUGGGAGUUGAUGCCCGACCCAACACCUAUAAUGGGUGCCAACGACACCAGUCUCAGCCUCGGCCUUUUCCAGGCCAGGAAGUGUGUCUAA